CGGUGAAACAUCGUGCAUCGGCUUCUUUUACACUGCGCCUGGCGAUAGAUCAUUUGCAGUCUACGUAUGUCAGUUCUGCAACGCCUAUACUCGCGCGUAGAGCACUCUUGUUGCCCACAUGACUGCGCCAAGCGCAGGGUCACCUUCGGCCACAGCCCACGGCAACAACUGCGAGGAGGUCGCCGACCCCUCGCGCGUGUGGCUCCCGGACAUCGUCUCCCGCAUCGCUGACUUCCUCGCCCCCAACGAGGUUGCUGCCACUCUCCGGCUAGUGUGCAAAGCGACUGCCUCUUUCAAACCCGCGCCUGUUGAUGCCACGACCGGCGUCCCCGCAAGGCGCCAACAAUUGAGGCCUCGUGCCGCCAACACAAUUCGUCUGUCAGAGCCCGUGCCGCGCCAUGCCUUCCACUCUCGCUGGAUCGCAAGCGGCGGCCUGCAUCGCCUAAGCCUGAGGCAGCGACAGCGGCUGCUGGCUCUAACCGCCGCCAGCGGCGACCUCACGAACCUCAGGGCGGCGGCCGCCGCUGCCGCCUGCAGCAUAGGCUCAGAGGUCGCUGUAGCAGCGGCGGCGGCUGGCCGGCUGCACGUGCUGCGCUGGCUGCAGCGGCGGGGCGUGGGCAUGGCGGGCUGGCAGGUGCUGGCGGCGGCGGCAGGUUCGGGGCGGCGGGAGGUGUUUCUGUGGCUGGUCGGGCGGCAGCGCGCCGCGGGUGGUGGUGAGGGAGCAGCCGUGGGCAGUGGGGCGGGCGGCGAGGAGGCGACUGGGCGCGGCAGCGACGGCGAGUUGGACGGCGAGGAGCUGUGUGCCGGCGCGGAGUCAGGCGAGGGAGAGGGUGAUGACGAUGAUGAGGGCUCGAAGGGCAGUGCCGGCGGCCGUGCGAUUCGGGCGAUUCGGGACCGGAGCUGCAGCCGAGGCGAGGCGCAUCCAUGGAGCUAUGAGGCGGUGGCGGUGGCGGCGGCGCGGGCGGGGCAGGCCGACAUGCUUCCAUGGCUGGCGGGGCUGUGGCGGGCGCAAUGGCGCGAGCGGGAGCAGCAGCCGGCCCUCAUUGGCCGCAACCGGGUGGUGGAUGUGAUGGAGGCUGUAGCAGAGGGCUGCAGCGCCGACACGUUCGUACGGCUGUACGACGAAUGGGUGGGGCCGGGGCGGGAGGAGGCGGGCGGCGACGGUGAUGGUGGAGGUGGUGGAGGUGGCGGUGGCGGUGGCGACGGCGGUGACGCAGGGGAGGGCCGGCGGGCGCGCCGGCCGGUGCUUCGCCCCUGGGAGGCGGCGCAGGUGGUGGCUGCUGCUGCGGGCAGCCCCCUGCCCUGCUGGGAAGCCAAGCUGGUGUUCCUGGCGGAUGUCGGCUACAGCCUCAGUGCCGCCGCCGGCGGCCGCGCUACAGCCCGCCCCGACUGGCGGCGGCGGCUGGAUUGGCUCGAGGGGGCGGCAGCAGCAGCCGCAGGAGUACCUCCGCCGCUGCCGCCGCCAGGGGCUGCGGCUGCAGCCGGACUGGGCUUUGGCCCGGCGGCGGUGCCAGCGGUGCAGGCGGUUGCGCCGCCGCCGCUGCCAUUACCGCCACUGGAUGCAGAGCUGGCGCGUGCGGCGGCGUGUGUGGGUAACGCUGAGGCGGUGCGCUACGUGUGCGUGGAGCGGGGCGCGCGGUUGAGCCUGGCGCAGUCGCGGCGGGCGGUGGCGAACGCGGUGGAGGGCUGUCACUUGGAGUGUCUGGAGGCGCUGCGGGAGCAUUGGGACGACGGCAGCCGCGGCUGGCUACUGCUGAAGGCAGUGGAGGCGGAGGCGCUGCCGGUGCUGACGUGGAUGGAGGGGCAGCUGGGCGCCGCGGCUGUAGCAGCCGCCGUGCGCGGAGCCAGCGCCGGCGGCGGCAGCGCCAGCGAACUGCUGGCGGCGGCCGUGACGGCAGACUUGCUCUGGGUGGAUGGGGGCUGUAGCAGCAGCGGCGCAAGGGGAGGAGGAGGAGGAGGAGGAGGAGGAAGGGGGACCGGCGGCUGCAGCUCGGAGGUCGCACUGCUGGAGUGGCUCAAGGCCCACUGCGGCGGCUUGCACGGCGGCGGCCGUAGCAGCAGCAACGGCGGCGGCGAAAGCAGUAGCAGCAGCUGCAGCAACAAUACCCCUGAUGAUACAACUUCUGGCGCAGCGGAGGCUGCGGCGACGGCACUUGAGGAGGCGGCGGCGGCGGCCGUUGGCAGGGGUGAUGCUGCUGCAAUGGACGCGGAAGCCCAGUUUGGAAUCUUCGUGGCGGCGGCGGCGGCGGGCAACGGCGCGGCGUUGGAGUGGCUGGCAGCUGAGGGAUGCCACAUGGGGAGCUGCGGCCUGCCGUACGCACGUGCUGCCCACAACGGCGACAUGGGCACGUGUGCCACCCUGCGCCGCCUGGGCUGCCCCUGGGCCCCCGGCGGGGCCACCUUCCGGGCCGCGGUGUACGACGGCCGCGGGCACUGCGGGGCGCUGCCGGCGCUGCAGUGGCUGCGGAGGGAGGGGUGUCCGGUGGACUGGGGCACGGCGCUGGCGGCGGCAGAUGACGCGGGCGAGGACGCCUGUCCGCAUGUGCGGCGGUGGCUGGAGGCGGCGCGGCGGAGGGGCGCGGCGUGACGAGCGGCGGUGUGGGGGUCGGGGGGCUCGUGAGGUGGCUGGAUACGGGCCCCGGGUUGCUGCUGCUACAGCACUGCUGUGCCGCUGCAGUUCAUGUCGGGUGAUACGUGGGUUGGGGGUUGGGGCUCGCUCUUGGUGUGCCCGGCAGUGCGACACAGAGCAUGCUGGCUCGCUCUGAACUGUACUGAUUGAGCAGUGUUUGUGGCGCGGCUUUGUAAAGUUUUGGUGUACUGAGGUGGAUGGAGAAGCUAUCGAGCUCUCGGAGCCUGUAUUGCCUGUAUGGCAGCGUUGCGCGGGUCUUUCAUGUGUGGGCCCCCACCUGCUGCCCUGCCCGCGUGGCUGACUCUUGGACCAAUAUGGGAUGAUUUCGUGCUGUGACGCAAACUACCGGUAUACGGUACGAACUGCGUCGCUCAUGACUGCUGUGUUAUGAAUGGGGCGAGUGUCAAGCCCCGCCUGUACAAGGACACGUUCGGCGGUCAUGUAUAGGCACUGGCAGGUAGGCAUCCGGCAGCGGGUGUUCAAGCAAACUAGCUAGCGACAAGCGUCCCUGCCUGCUGUGGCGUCGUUUGGCUUGAUUCUGUGACGAGACUUACCGCGCUGUUUACGUACGGCGUUGCGUGCUGUAACGCGCUGCAACAGGCCACAAAUCGUGCCACAAACGCUGGCCGACCGGAGGGUAGUGGGAAUGUUUGCCGACCCGGUCAAUGUGGGGGAGGGUGUUCGGUCGCCAAUCUGCCGUGUUUUGGCCAGCUGAACUCGGUCCGCCAACUUGAGCUGGCCGACUCGGCAAUCUAGCUGGCCGGGCUUGCUUUGGGUUCUGCACUGAGCUAUCCUCCUCUGUAACCAUCUUUGCGC